AUGACUUUAGUCAAUACGCCCGGGGAGCAGGCCAUUGCCUUCCUUCUGACCUGCGUGCAAAAUUCUCAGAAGGGCAAGAUGAAUUGGGACAAUGUCUCGCUCGUCAUCAGCGUCAAUAUGACCCCCGAAGCGGCAAAAUACUACUUCAGUAUUGUGAAGAAUGCCAAAGAGUUCGAGUGCUCUGACAAGUAUCCCGAAAUCCCUGGAGACCGUUCCUGGGAGUUCGUCACGGCCGAGGAUAUUGGCCCCGUCGUCAUUGCCGCAGACUCGAAUGAUAUCAUUGCCUAG